UUGCAGACAACUUCCUGUUUGAGAAGAAGACGCCUGCAUGAUAAUACUUUGAGAAGUGAUGCGUUGGUUUGCUUCUUUUAAUAACAUAAGUUGUACCUAAAAAUUGACGUAUUUCUAUGUGUUUGGAGAAACAUGGUUUGCUUCAGCAGAGCACUGCUAAAGAAGUAUGGGAAUUUUGUGGAUAACCUCAGAGUCUAUGUACGUGGUGGCUCUGGUGGAAUGGGAUUGCCUCGACUAGGAGGACAAGGAGGAAAAGGAGGCGAUGUUUGGGUUGUUGCUAAAGCUGGCAGCUCUCUGAAAAAAAUAAAUGACAAAUAUUCUACAAAACGAUUUGUUGCUGGCACUGGCGCAAACAGUAGCAUACAUUGUUUAAAAGGUGAUAAAGGAAAAGAUUAUGAGUUACAUGUUCCAACUGGUGUUUCUGUGACCACAGAUGAUGGAAAGGUGCUUGGAGAAUUAAAUAAAGGUGGAGAGAGGGUGCUUGUUGCACGUGGUGGUUCUGGAGGAAGUUUUUUGUCUGAUUUUCUGCCUGCUAAAGGUGAUACAAAUAUUAUCCGGCUGGAUCUGAAGCUCAUUGCAGAUGUGGGCCUGGUGGGGUUCCCGAAUGCAGGAAAAUCAUCAUUGUUAAGCCAGUUGUCUCAUGCUAAGCCAGAGAUUGCACAUUAUCCUUUUACAACAUUAAAACCAGAAAUUGGAAAAAUCAUGUUUGAAGAUUACAAACAGAUAUCUGUGGCUGACUUGCCUGGUUUGAUUGAAGGAGCUCACUUAAAUAAAGGAAUGGGUCACAAGUUUCUCAAACAUAUUGAACGGACAAAGCAGCUGCUGUUUGUGGUUGACAUUAAUGGAUUUCAGCUCUCUUACAAGACACAAUUCAGAACAGUCUUUGAAACUGUGGUGCUGUUAACAAAGGAAAUAGAACUGUAUAAAGAAGAUCUCCUUUCAAAACCUUCCAUCCUUGUUGUGAACAAAAUGGAUCUGCCAGAUGCUGAGUUAAAAUUGAAAGACCUUUUAGACCAACUAAAGCAUCCACAAGAUUUUGUGCAUUUGCUACCUGAAGAUAUGAUUCCCAAAAGUCUUCUGAAGUUUAGCCACAUUAUUCCUGUAUCAGCGUCUAGUGGCUUUGCAAUUGAAGAACUGAAAACUACAAUAAGACGUUCUUUAGAUGAACAGGCUUUCCAGGAAAACCAGGAACAUCACAGACAAAAGCUGCUAGAUCUUCAAGCUUGUACUUCAGAAAAGAAUGGCACAGUUAAAUCCCAUGAAACUAAAAGAAUUUGAGUUUUUGUGACAUAUCUAUCUAUAUAUAUAUCUACUGUGUGUGUGUGUGUAUAUAUAUAUAUAUAUAUAUAUAUAUAUAUAUAUAUAUAUAUAUAUAAUAUUCAACUAUUUUCAUUGUGCUCACUUUUGCUUUUUGAAUACGAGAGCCCAGUUUUUAAUGUUGCAUUAUCUAGGCUAACUGUUUGGAAGAAGACCUUUAAGCACCUAGACUAUUUUGAUGAAUUGAGAUUAAUGCUUUUUAUAAAAGCUUUCAGGAGCUAAUGCAGUUUACUUGCACUUUACAGUUUGCUAGUCUUAAAACAAGAUCAAUGUUAUGAGCCUUAGCUUUCGUUAAUAUAUCAAACAAGUAAAACAUCUUGCCAUUUUAAGGAAACAAACUGUUUUUAUUGUAAUAUGACCGUUGUAUUGACAAAUUUAUCAUUUGAAAAGACUGUACAUACUGUAUCUUAAGUUCCUCUUUCAGAAUGUGUGCUAUAGUUUUGAAGAGAGAUUAAAUAGCAGGAGAGGUUUUAAUUUAGCAAAAAUUAAAUGAAAAGUCAUCAGAUGGAGCUCUCAUGCACAUGUCUGGACUCACUGGUUCAAUAUUCAGUCUCUGAAUGCUCAUCUUUAGGAUGUGGAAGGAAACCAGAAGGACCAAGAUAAAAACUCACAAGUACACAGUCAGAACAUGCUAACUUUGUAGCUGGGCAUUCAUCCAUCUGCACAAGCUUUGGGCCUUUUCUUCAAACCAAGUCACCCAGUUACUACUGAAGUGCCAAAAACUCUGCAAGAAAUAAGAAAUGUUCCCAUGCUUCUGUGUUCCUGCCGUCUUCUGACGAUAUGCUUCUUUCCUUUUCUUUGACAAUAGUCUUUCAGGAAGAUAAAUCAGCAUUAAUAGUCUUAAGCACUUAGAGGUGGCUAUGAGAAAGCAUGUUUUUCACGUAGCAUGAAAGCACAAAAUACAGUAUCACUUUUUGUAUAUUUCACUUCAGUUUGUAAAGCACUGCAUAAUGUAAAGAUUGAAUAGUUCUUUGUGGUUAGCACCAUUAAAUUUGGGUGUUUUGAAGUUUAAAAAAAAAAAAAUCUAGCUUUUAUUUGUUAGUCUUAAUUUCGAAGCAUAACGCAUAAGGUAGUAGGGUCUAAUAUUGUGAGUGUCGGUCUCAUUCAUUUCCCUUCAAUUCUGCUUUCUUUAUUAUAUACUCGCAGGCAGCUAGUACCAAAGCAGGAGUAAUUUCAGCAUGAAGCAGCUGUUGUCAUGGACCCAUUUACACACACAAAGCCAUGCAUUCUUGCACAGUGUUUGGAGAACAUUUAACCCCCUGCACUUCAGCUGGUAAUUGAGAAUGGGUCCAUCUGCAUGUUGGUUACACUGCAAUCUGCUUAAGUCUGAUAGCAUCCUAAAUUUAUACACGUCAUUUUGUUUGCAGUAAUCAGAUGACCUAUGGUGGGGCUGGUCCCACCUUGUUCUUCCCAUAUUUAUAAAUGAUGAUAUGCUUGUGUUUGUCUCUGUAUAAAUGUUCUACAUUUAAAGCAACUUGAGGAUAUAUCAGCCAAGUCUUGCAUACAUUUCAUUAGGUUACAGAAGGGAGAGGGGAAAAAUUUGAUUCUGCAAAUCUUAUUUUACUGUAUUUCUUCAUGCAUUUAGAAGUGUUUCCUAUGAGAUGAUUUUCACAAAUCGUUAUCCUUUGUAUACAGGCAGAGGAAAAUUAAACUUAAAAUUCUGAUGAACCAUCUUUGAACUUCCAGGAUAAACAAACUUUCAGCUGAGAGAGAGAAGAAAAAGUGAAAGAAAAGAAGAAAAAUGAAGAGAAGCUCAUGAGUCACUUGGUGUGUAUCUAUACAGAUGUUCAUCUAUAGAAGAAUGCUGCUGCUUUUAUUCUAAUUCUGGAUUUACAUGCUUUGUAUUGUCAGUUAAUUAUUUGCUUCAAUACAGAACAUUACAAUGGAGGGAUAUUGAGUAGCUGCAUUAUAACAACUCCUUGUUAACCUUUUUGCUAAUUGCACAGAUUCUGAUUUUGCUAAGUUAAAUUAUGAAGAUGAGUUUUUACAUUUAAUUUAUGACAUGCUAUUGCUUUAUUUGAUCUUGUGAGAAAUUCCUGUUUUUCCACGCAAGAUUACGAAAUUGGUACAAUUUGUAUGCAAGACAUCUACUUCAUGGAAUAAUGCAGAAUAGAUUGUGGUGAAUAUUAUGCUUCUUCCUGUAGUAAAGAGGCAACUGAAAAUUGCAGUAUGGAAGCAUUCGAAUUCUGAGGAUAUGUGUAGGAAGAAUUCUGAAAUAAACAGCACUGAGUCAAAUCCUGAUUAGCUGUUCCUUGCAACCCAAAGAGACUUUCACUGGAACAUUUAAACGUUAAUACAGGUGCUGGUCAUAAAAUUAGAAUAUCAUGACAAAGUUGAUUUAUUUCAGUAAUUCCAUUCAAAAAGUGAAACUUGUAUAUUAGAUUCAUUCAUUACACACAGACUGAUGUAUUUCAAAUGUUUAUUUCUUUUAAUGUUGAUGAUUAUAACUGACGACUAAUGACAGUGGACAAAGAUGAAAAUAAGGUCAACAAGAAAUCAAAAACUGAUCACAAUCAACACACACAGUCAGAAUCAUGGUGUUUAUAUAGCGAAAAUAAAAAACAUGGGGGAAGGAAGUGACACGACAGAAGAGACGUCAUCUGGAAUGGCCGGAAGUGAUGUCAUCAGAGAUGGUUGGAAGUGACGUUGCGGAUGUUACAUGGUGUGAGAUCGUGGCCAUUUUGUGAGACUGGAAGAAAGAUAGAUGAGUUAUGGCUUUUCUUCUUUAUUUCUGCAGACAGAGAGAGAUAUCAGUGCACAUAACCAACCCCUCAUCUCGUGAAAUAUCACUCACCUUAGGACUUGAUGGCUGCUUCCUAAGCACGCGUGUGUGUGACAAAGCAUAAGCAGAAUUUUAAAGUCGAUUCUAAACCAAUGUGCCACCACCUGAUCAAAGCACCAUGAUGUCCUUACAUUGAUGGAUUGAAGGCCAGAGGUCCACAUGACCAUCAUCAUCAAGUUCUUGCACGUGAAGCCUGAAAACCACGAGGACUGAUUGAGAUAAUUUAUAUUAGGUAAAAUGCCUACAGGGGGCUGGGUGGCCUCGUGGCCUUGGGACCCCUGCAGAUUUAGUUUUUUUUUUCUUCUCCAGCUAGCUGGAGUUUUUUUUUUCUUUUUUUCCCUGUCCUGCUUGGCCAUUGGACGUUACUUUUAUUCUAUGUUAAUUAGUAUUGCCUAAUUUUAUUCUUAUAUUUUGUCUUUUUUUUCUCUCUUUCUUCAUCCUGUAAAGCACUGUGAGCUACGUCAUU